AUGUUGGUCAGUAGGGAGGUGGUCAAUAAGUGGCCUUCGACUUGUUUGAGGGCGCUCCCGAGAUACCUUUCGGAUCAUAAACCCCUUUUGCUAAUUCUGAACGAUAUUAACUUUGGGGCUCGGCCGUUUCGAUUUUUUAGUUCGUGGUUAGACCGUCCUGAUUUCGAUUCGGUUGUCAAAAAUGCCGUGGAGUCAUUUGUUCUUGAUGGGCCUCCCGAUGUUAAACUUAUGUUGAAGUUUAGAUGGAUCCGUCAACACAUUUCGAAGUGGAGAGAAGAGAUCCGCAAAAAAGAAGGUGAGUCCGAGGAAAAAUGUCUUUUGGGGCUUGAGGAUCUUGAUAAGUUAGUGGAGGAAAGAGACUUAACGGAAGAGGAAGAUCGGAUUAAACUUGAAUGCAAAAAUCUUUUAGCCGAAUUAGAGUUGUUCAAACUGAAGGACUUGAGACAAAAAUCUAGAUCGAAAUGGGCUAUGGACGGAGACGACAUUACAAAAAAAAAAAAAUUCACGAAAAGUGUGGAAGAAAGACCAACUCUUGAGUGUAACCUAAAUUACAAGCUCUCGGAAGUUGAAGCUAACGCUCUUGUUUCCCCUUUCUCGGUUGAGGAGAUUAAGGCCGGAGUGUUCGAGUGUGGCGAUGAUCGAGCCCCGGGCCCGAACGGUUUGAUUAGUAGAGGUUGCAGCUCUUCAUUCAUCACUUUGGUUUCUAAGGUUAAAGACCCCGUCAAACUGAAUGAGUUCAGACUGAUUAAUUUGGUUGGCGUUAAUAACAAAGUCCUCUCAAAAGUGUUGUUGGCUAACAGACUCAAAAAAGUGUUGCAUUUACUUAUCUCUAAUUCUCAGACGGCGUUUCUUAAAGAUCGUGUUAUUCUCAAUGGCCCGCUUAUCCUUAACGAGGUAAUCUCUUGGGUUAAGAGAAAAGUUCAGUGGUGCAACUGGAUUUACGGCAUUCUUUCCACAUCGAGAUCUUUGGUGCUAGUUGACGGGUCUCCUACCUUCGAAUUCCCGUGUUUCAAAGGAAUGAGACAAGGAGACCCUAUUUCUCCGUUUUUGUUUCUGAGGCUUUUACUAGCAUGGUGA